UGAACUGCCAAUUUAAAGAAUUUGGCGGACAGACCCCUGCAGACGAAAUUUAUUCAAAUGUAACACAUUGAUUUUGAUAUUUCAAGCUAUUAUCGAUAGUAUAUUUCGUGGAUUUUCGUGGCGAUGGCAAAUAUUCCAGCAGCGGCGCCAAAUAAUCAAAUAACGUUAACCGAAGAAAGAGCGGCGCGUAGCCCGAAGUGUGCCCGCUGUCGCAACCACGGCUUCGUCGUCCAGUUAAAAGGCCAUUCGGGAAAAUGUCAGUUCAGGCAAUGUUUGUGCUGGAAGUGUUCUCUCAUUAACGAGCGGACGAGAAUCCUCGCAUCUCAGAGAAGGAUGAGAUCGGUUCAGGGACACGACUCACCGGGUGCCGAUCGUCCAGUCCAAACCGCUCCAUCCGGCAGAAAAACGGUCUCAACUAACGGAGUGAACGGUGAAAUCGACCUCAGUGCAAGAAAGGAGAGUAAUAUUAAAGCGCCCGUUGAUGAUACAACGUACGUCGAGCUCCGCGGUGCAGUUAGCUUGAGCGCGGUUAACUGUGACGCGAAGACACCGGCGGGACCGAGCGCUCCGAGUGGCGCUAUUGGAGAUGCACCACCUUUUCCAGGAGAGUACAUAAUUAAUGAGGCAGUUCCAGGGCAAAUUUAUCCAGCGGAGAUGUUCACAAUGCCUCUUCCAUUCUACCAACAUUACCCGGAUAGAUACAUGUUCCCAGCCGUGCUGGUGACCCUGAGACCACCUGCACCGGGAGCCUUCAGGGAACAUGUUGGAUUUGUUCCCCUGCCACCAGGGGCGCUGUCUCAUCUGCAGGAGACUCAUGAAUGGCAAAUCCAUGUUCCACACUAUAGUCCGUACCCAGUACCACCAUAUCCCGGGUAUUCCCACCAUUCACAGAGUCACAUGGAGGGACAGCAAGGAAGAUCUGAGCUUCCUCCUCAAGUCACAAAUGUCCCAGAAAGUCAAGUUUGUGGAAUCCAGCAAACAGAUGCUGUACCUGCAGACAGACUUUCCUCAGGGAAAGCAGAUGAGAACAAAUGAGACCUUCAGUUUUUAUGUCAACUGAUACCACGUCAUUUGUACAAGACAUGCAUACAUUGAUUCCUUUUCAAAAACAUUUCUUUUUCUUCUUCCAAAAGCAUUUAUGAUGCAUGUUCAUUAAAGUGACAAUGUUGUAUUCAUGAUUUACAGCUAAAAUCAAUGCCAUUUUUGUUCCGGCAACCGUUUGACAUUCGUUUUACACUACAGUCAGUUGAUUAUAGCAUCAGUCUUCAUUUGCUGUUGCAGUUUUUACAUUUGACAGGUUAGAAAGUUGAAUACCUGUUGUUUGUAUUGUUUUGGGGAAAGUAGAGACAUGUUCUUUCCCUAAAUCUGGAAGUGUUUGAUGAAUAAACUUAAAUUCUGAAGAUUUAGUGCCUUUUUGAUUGCUUAACUGAAGCAGCUCUUGACUCUUAUUUCUUUUCCCUGUGUAACUCAGACACGGUGUGAUCCUGUUUGUAAAGAGACAUUAAGAUUCCCAGGAUGAACAUCUCACUUCAUUUGCUUAUCUGAACCCAGACGGCACAGGAACGACACUGUCAGAUUACUACAACCAGGACCAGUGGGCAGAUAAACUAAUUACAAUCUCAUGAAUAUUAAUGAGCUCCUC